GGCGGGGAAGCUGUGGGGGUCGUGCGGCGGCUAUGGAGGGGGCUCCAUCCGCCAGCCCUGGGCUCUGGGCGAGCUGAGGAGACCGGAGUUUUUCCCCAGCAGGGAGCCGCGCAGGCCGGCGACCUCUCCCCAAGGCUCUACUGCUGGGACCGCGCCCGCGCCCGCGGCGCCGCUCCCGCCCCCCUUCAGCGCAGUCUGCGCCUCUUGCUGGGUCUCACCAGCUCGCAGUGCGCGUUUAUGCUGCGGUAAACGCAUUGAAGGAACGCACAGCUUAUCUAAUACGGUUUUGAACUAAUUUUCGGUAUGCCAGCUGGGGUGUGCUUUGACCAAUUCUGAUCCUGUUUCCAGAGAACACAGUUGCUUAGACAAUCUGUUAUCUUCGCGUCCUGUCUUCCUUUGGACACCAGAACAUCCUAGAGAUCAGGGGCCUCUCCCAUGCCCUGGAACCAUCCUCUCACGGUGCUGCUCUUCACUGGUGCCAACAACAGAGCUCCCGCAGGCAGGCCUGGAUCAGUGGGGACUGGGGCCCUGAAGUGAGAUGGAGCAAGGCAGAGCGGCCCUUGGGAGAGGGGCAUGGCGCGGCCCUGUGCUUUAGACUUGGCACCCUAUGGCUUGAGGAGGUGACACUGUGUCGACGUGUGUGUGAAGGGAGGACGGCUGAAGGUACAUGCGGUCUCCCGGACGUCACAAACUCCGCGGACGCGGCUCACACCCGCGCGCACGCGCAGCAGGGGUCUUAGCCACACCGGCGUACGGCGGGGCACGGGCCCUGCCGCAAACGGGCGCGCUCCCUUCUGGGCAAGCAGGUGCGAGGCGCGCACCAUGGAACAGCCCUUAGCUGAGUUUCGGUUUGCGCGCAAACGGCCGGCCUGGCGGCCCAACACAGCAUUUCCAGCCAGGGCGCACAAACCUCGGGAGAGAAGGUGGAAGCCGCAGCGGCUCUAAAGGCAGCCCCAGGCUGGCUAAAGCGGUUCCUGGUACGGAAACCGAGGCCCCAGUGCUGGGGCCCUACCCCGCCUGGUUCAGGCCUAUCAUACUCGUCCUUCUCCUUCCUGGGAAAUUGCUGAUGGCCUUUCUUGUUCUUCCUCUGAAGUCACUUCUAAGUCUUGCUCUGCUCUGGAUGUUUAUACAUCCUUUCUUUUUACUGCAUUCUUCACAACAGACUCUUCCAUUUCAGUGGUAGGCUUCAAGGAAAGAUGUUUUACAGGAGGCCCUUCUCCUUUUACCAUAUUUUUUUUCUUUUUUAUAUGAAGGUUCAAGUAAAGACUCUGAAGCAGUCUCAGGGAUAUACUGCUUGGUAGUAAAAGUCAAGUCUUCAUCAUCUAGUUUACGACAUGAAUCAACACACAGUUCUUUGAAAAUACUGAAUGCAGAUUCGUCAGAACUCCCUGAAUCUUCUGCACUUGCUCCUCCUUUUUUCAAACUUGCAUUCUUUGAUGGUUCUGGAUUGUCAUUUUGAAGACCAUUUUCAAGUAUCUUUUUUUUUAUGUUGCAAAAUUUGUUGUUGAAUGCUAGUCAAAACACCAGAAAUAGCAUAAUUGUUUGCUGUCUGUCCAUACAUAUCUUGAAUAAAGACAGUAAUAUUUUGUUGAAGAAUGCCGACUAUACCUAACGAGCCAUAAUGUACAGCAGGCGUGAAGGCUAUUCCUCUCAACCUAUCAACAGCAUGUACAUUUGCCUGUUUCUUCACUAAAAAUUCCAGCAUUUGCUGUCUUUUGCAAACUGCGGCAAGUAAAAGUGGUGUGUUUCCAUCAUUGUUCAGCACUUCAAUAUCCGUAUCACGGGAAAGUAGUUUUUCUACCAAGAAUGUACUCUCAUUAUAGGACAGCAUAGUGGAGAGCAGAGUUGCUGUAGACAUUCACCUUCCAGCAGAACAAUGCCACAAAUCUCUUCCUGGCAAUGUACAACCUCCUCAAAGGCAUCCCAUUUUGGUUAUCACCAAUGUCAAUGUGGCAUUUUCAGUUCACCAGGAGAGUCCCCACUUCCACAUGGCCAUUGGCACAGGCCACAUGUACAGCAGCCCUGUCCAUCCACAGCUGAAGGGAUAGAGAAACUGCCAUACAGAUACACACAGAAUAUGCUUCAGCCAUAAAGCUUUGGGAAAUCCUGUCAUCCACAGCCACAUGGAGAAACCCAGAGGACAUUAGCUCCAAGAAAAUGAGCCUGGUGGAGCAAGUCCCACGCUGCAUGAUCUCAGGCAUGUGGACUCCAAAAAGCUUUAUCUCCUGCCCAUCCACAGAUGAAGGGAUCAAGAAACUCUAAUAUAUAUACACAAAGGAAUGUUCUUUGGCCAUCAAGAUAAUUAAAGGAUGUCAGUUGGAGGAACACAGAUGGCCCGCCGAGGCUGUGGCUGCCUCAUCCUGCACUGUGGAUGGAAGCCGCUGAUCCUACAGGAGGUGGAGCUCAGGUGGUAAUGCUCGCUCCUGCUGUGCCGCCAAGUUCUUAACAGGCCAGGGACGAUAUUGGUCCAGGGAUGAGGGACCCCUGCUCCAGAUGACAGCCAGAGUAGUCUUAAAUGUGCUGGCCUCCAGUGAUUGGCCACUACCGCGAGGGCCGCCGGGACACGCACUCGGCGGUUGUUCCAGAAGAAAGAGACAGCGAUGGCGGCAGAGGCUUCGAAGACUGGGCCUUCCCGGUCUUCCUACCAGCGGAUGGGGAGGAAGAGUCAGCCCUGGGGUGCCGCUGAAAUCCAGUGCACCAGGUGUGGCAGGAGGGUAUCCAGAGCAUCCGGUCAGCAUUGUGAACUUCAAUAUGGAAAUGCUUUUUGUGAACUAUGCUUGUUAAUGACUGAAGAAUGCACCACAAUUAUAUGCCCUGAUGGUGAGGUUGCUACAGCCGUAAAUACUAGACAACACUACUACCCAAUGGCUGGAUAUGUUAAAGAAGACUCCGUAAUGGAAAAACUGCAGCCUAAGACGAUAAAGAAUUGUUCUCAGGACUUUAAGAAGACUGAUCAGCUAACUACUGGUUUAGAACGUUCAGCCUCCACACACAGGACUGUUUUGAACUCAUCAGCUGUAAUGUUGGUCACUAAUACUGCAGAAGAAAUUGAUGAAGCAUUGAAUACAGCACACCAUAAUUUUGAACAAUUAAGCAUUGCUGGAAAAGCACUUGAACACAUGCAGAAGCAAACGAUAGAGGAGAGAGAAAGAGUUAUAGAAGUUGUGGAGAAACAGUUUGACCAACUUUUGGCUUUUUUUGAUUCCAGGAAACAGAACCUGUGUGAAGAAUUUGCAAGAACUACUGAUGAUUAUCUAUCAAAUUUAAUAAAGGCUAAAAGCUACAUUGAAGAGAAAAAAAAUAAUUUGAAUGCAGCUAUGAACAUAGCAAGAGCAUUACAAUUAUCACCUUCUCUAAGAACAUACUGUGACCUGAAUCAGAUUAUCCGGACUUUGCAGUUAACUUCAGAUAGUGAAUUAGCACAAGUUAGUUCUCCACAACUAAGGUACCCUCCCAGGUUGAGUGUGAAUUGCAGUGAGAUCAUCUGUAUGUUCAACAAUAUGGGAAAGAUUGAAUUUGGGGACUCAACAAAAUGUUAUCCCCAAGAAAAUGAAAUUAGACAGAAUGUUCAAAAGAAAUAUAAUAACAAAAAGGGACUUUCUUGUUACGAUACAUACCCACCACUAGAAAAGAAAAAGGUUGACAUGUCUGUCCUAACCAGUGAAGCACCACUACCUCCUUUGCAACCUGAGACAAAUGAUAUACAUUUAGAAGCAAAAAACUUCCAGCCACAGAAAGACGUUGUUGCAACAGCAUCCCCUAAAACCAUUGCUGUGUUACCUCAGAUGGGAUCUAGCCCUGAUGUGAUAAUUGAAGAAAUUAUUGAAGACAACAUGGAAAAUGAUCUUGGGGAGACACCUAGAUAUCCAAAAAAGCCUCUUCAGAAAAACUCAUCUGUUCCUUUUGGAUCAAAAGCAGGUUCUGCAGAGCUAGUUUUUGUAAGCCAUGUAAUAGAUCCUUGCCAUUUCUACAUUCGGAAGUAUUCAAAAAUAAAAGAUGCCAAAGUACUGGAGAAGAAGGUGAAUGAAUUUUGCAGUAGGAGUUCACACCUUGAUCCUUCAGACAUUUUGGAACUAGGUGCAAGAGUAUUUGUCAACAGUAUUAAAAAUGGAAUGUGGUGUCGAGGAACUAUCACAGAAUUAAUUCCAAUAGAGGGUAAAAAUAUUAGAAAACCUUGUAGUCCAACCAGAUUAUUUGUCCAUGAAGUUGCACUAAUACAAAUAUUCAUGGUAGAUUUUGGAAAUUCUGAAGUCCUGAUUGUCUCAGGAAUUGUUGAUACCCAUGUGAGACCAGAACACUCUGCUAAGCAACAUAUCGCACUAAAUGAUUUAUGUCUGGUUCUAAGGAAAUCUGAACCAUAUAUUGAAGGGCUGCUAAAAGACAUCCAGCCAUUAGCACAACCAUGCUCAUUGAAAGACAUUGUUCCACAGAAUUCAAAUGAAGGCUGGGAAGAGGAAGCUAAAGUGGAAUUUUUGAAAAUGGUAAAUAACAAGGCUGUUUCAAUGCAAGUUUUUAGAGAAGAAGAUGGUGUGCUUAUUGUAGAUCUGCAAAAACCACCACCGAAUAAAAUAAGCAGUGAUAUGCCUGUGUCUCUUAGAGAUGCGCUGGUUUUUAUGGAACUAGCAAAGUUUAAGUCACAAUCACUAAGAAGUCACUUUGAAAAAAAUACUACUUUACACUAUCAUCCACCUAUUUUGCCUAAAGAAAUGACAGAUGUUUCAGUAACGGUUUGUCAUAUAAAUAGUCCUGGAGAUUUCUAUCUUCAGUUGAUAGAGGGCCUGGAUUUUGUAUUUCUAGUAAAGACAAUCGAGGAAUUCUAUAAAAGUGAAGACGGAGAAAAUCUGGAAAUCCUCUGUCCAGUUCAAGAUCAAGCCUGUGUAGCUAAAUUUGAAGAUGGACUUUGGUACCGAGCAAAAGUUAUCGGAUUGCCUGGACAUCAGGAAGUUGAAGUUAGAUAUGUGGACUUUGGUAAUACUGCAAAAAUAACAAUUAAAGACGUGCGUAAAAUAAAGGAUGAGUUUCUGAAUCCCCCAGAGAAGGCUAUUAAAUGUAAGUUGGCCUAUAUUGAACCAUAUAAAAGGACAAUGCAGUGGUCCAAAGAAGCUAAAGAAAAAUUUGAAGAAAAGGCUCAAGAUAAAUUUAUGACAUGUUCAGUUAUCAAAAUCUUGGAAGAUAAUAUGCUCUUAGUUGAGCUUUUCGAUUCUCUUGGUGCUCCUGAAAUGACUACUACUAGUAUUAAUGACCAGCUAGUCAAAGAGGGCCUAGCAUCUUAUGAAAUAGGAUACAUCCUCAAAGAUAAUUCUCAAAAGCAUAUUGAAGUUUGGGAUCCUUCUCCAGAAGAAAUUAUUUCAAAUGAAGUACACAACUUAAAUCCUGUGUGUGCAAAAUCUCUACCUAAUGAGAAUUUUCAGUCACUUUAUAAUAAGGAAUUGCCUGUGCAUAUCUGUAAUGUAAUAUCUCCUGAGAAGAUUUAUGUUCAGUGGAUGUUAACUGAAAACUUACUUAAUAGUUUAGAAGAAAAGAUGAUAGCUGCUUAUGAAAACUCAAAAUGGGAACCUGUUAAAUGGGAAAAUGAUAUGCACUGUGCUGUUAAGAUCCAAGAUAAAAAUCAGUGGCGAAGAGGCCAGAUCAUCAGAAUGGUUACAGACACAUUGGUAGAGGUCUUGCUGUAUGAUGUGGGUGUUGAACUAGUAGUGAAUGUUGACUGUUUAAGAAAACUUCAAGAAAAUCUAAAGACAAUGGGAAGACUCUCUUUGGAAUGUUCUCUGGUUGACAUAAGACCAGCUGGUGGGAGUGACAAGUGGACAGCCACAGCUUGUGACUGUCUUUCAUUGUACCUGACUGGAGCUGUAGCAACUAUAAUCUUACAGGUGGAUAGUGAGGAAAACCACACAACAUGGCCAUUACCUGUGAAAAUUUUCUGCAGAGAUGAAAAAGGAGAGCGUGUUGAUGUUUCUAAAUAUUUGAUUAAAAAGGGUUUGGCUUUGAGAGAAAGGAGAGUUAAUAAAUUAGAUAACAGCCAUUCAUUGUCUGAGAAGUCUCUGGAAGUCCCCCUGGAACAGGAAGAUUCAGUAGUUACUAACUGUAUCAAAACUAACUUUGACCCUGACAAGAAAACUGCUGACAUAAUCAGUGAACAGAAAGUGUCUGAAUUUCAGGAGAAAAUUCUAGAACCAAGAACCACUAGAGGGUAUAAACCACCAGCUAUUCCUAACAUGAAAGUAUUUGAGGCAACAGUCAGCUGUGUUGGUGAUGAUGGAACUAUAUUUGUAGUACCUAAACUAUCAGAAUUUGAGCUAACAAAAAUGACAAAUGAAAUUCAAAGUAAUUUAAAAUGCCUUGGUCUUUUGGAGCCUUAUUUCUGGAAAAAAGGAGAAGCAUGUGCAAUAAGAGGAUCCGAUACUCUGUGGUAUCGCGGCAAGGUGAUGGAGGUUGUAGGUGGCGCCGUCAGAGUACAAUAUUUAGAUCAUGGAUUCACUGAAAAGAUUCCGCAGUGCCAUCUUUACCCUAUUUUGCUGUAUCCUGAUAUACCCCAGUUUUGUAUUCCUUGUCAGCUCCAUAAUACCACACCUGUUGGGAAUGUCUGGCAACCAGAUGCAAUAGAAGUUCUUCAACAACUGCUUUCAAAGAGAGAGGUGGACAUUCACAUUAUGGAAUUACCUAAAAAUCCAUGGGAGAAAUUGUCUAUUCACCUCUAUUUUGAUGGAAUGUCACUUUCUUAUUUUAUGGCAUACUAUAAAUACUGUACUUCUGAACAUACUGAGGAGAUGUUGAAAGAAAAACCAAGAUCAGAUCAUGAUAAAAAGUAUGAAGAGGAACAAUGGAAAAUAAGGUUUGACGAAUUGCUUUCGGCUGAAACAGACACUCCUCUUUUACCACCGUAUUUGUCUUCAUCUCUGCCUUCCCCAGGAGAACUCUAUGCUGUUCAAGUUAAGCACAUUGUCUCACCUAAUGAAGUGUAUAUUUGCCUUGAUUCUAUAGAAACUUGUAACCAGCAUAGUGACACAGAUGAUAGUGGAGUCGGCAGGGAAUCAGAAUCCGAGAGCCUUGAUGAAGCACUGCAGAGGGUUAAUAAGAAAGUAGAGGCGCUUCUUCCUCUGACGGAUUUUAGAACAGAAAUGCCUUGCCUUGCAGAAUAUGAUGAUGGCUUAUGGUAUAGAGCGAAGAUUGUUGCCAUUAAAGAAUUUAAUCCUUUAUCUAUCUUAGUACAAUUUGUUGAUUAUGGAUCAACUGCAAAGCUGACAUUAAACAGACUGUGCCAAAUUCCUUCUCAUCUUAUGCGGUAUCCAGCUCGAGCCAUAAAGGUUCUCUUGGCAGGGUUUAAACCUCCCUUAAGGGAUCUAGGGGAGACAAGAAUACCAUAUUGUCCCAAAUGGAGCAUGGAGGCACUGUGGGCUAUGAUAGACUGUCUUCAAGGAAAACAACUUUAUGCUGUGUCCAUGGCUCCAGCACCAGAACAGAUAGUGACAUUAUAUGAUGAUGAACAGCAUCCAGUUCAUAUGCCAUUAGUAGAAAUGGGGCUUGCAGAUAAAGAUGAGUAACUGCCUAAGUAUUAAAAACUCAAGAUGUGAAUGCAAAAGCGCAUAGAAGAAAACAGUGUACUUGUGGCCUGAGGAUUGAGAAGAAUUAAAGCCAUGAAAACCAAAAACUAUUUUAAAAUACUAGUAAAUUCGACAUUCCAAGGAAAAACAUACAUUAAAAAAAACACAAACUGAAAAGCUAAACCCAGAUUGGGAGGAAAUAUUAGCAGUGCUUGUAACUGACAAAGGAUUACUAUGCAGAAUAAUUAACUUUAUAAGGAGAAACACACACACACCCCCAAAAUUUU